AUGUCCCCGCGAGCAGGAACGAUGCGACUGGCUUGCAUGUUCUCGUCCAUCCUGCUGUUCGGAGCUGCAGGACUCCUCCUCUUCAUCAGCCUGCAGGACCCCACGGAGCUCGCCCCCCACCAGGCUCCAGGAAUAAAGUUCAGCAUCAGACCACAGCAGCCGCACAACGACCUCCCGCCAGGCAGUUCCCAGGAUGGUCCCUUUAAGGCAGCCACGGAGAGGGUCUACCGAGACUUGUCCAGCCGCGCCCCGCGGGGCCUGAGCCUGCGGGUGUCCCAGGACCCUCAAGCUCAGCUAAACGUGGGGACCCGUCUGCGACCCCGGCAGCGCCGCCGACGGCUGCUCAUCAAGAAAAUGCCGGCUGCGGCGGCCCUCCGCGCCAACAGCUCGGCCGGCACGUUGGUCCGGCCGGCCCCCGGGGCCCUGGACGGCCGCUGGGCCAGCCUGCGCGAGACCCAGCGGGAGCGCAAGCGGGUGAUGCGGGAGGCGUGCGCCAAGUACCGCGCGAGCAGCAGCCGCAGGGCGGUCACUCCCCGCCACGUGUCCCGCAUCUUCGUGGAGGACCGCCACCGCGUGCUGUACUGCGAGGUGCCCAAGGCAGGCUGCUCCAACUGGAAGCGCGUGCUCAUGGUGCUGGCCGGGCUGGCCUCGUCCACCACCGACAUCCAGCACAACACGGUGCACUACGGCAGCGCCCUCAAGCGGCUGGACACCUUCGACCGCCAGGGCAUCCUCCACCGCCUCAGCACCUACACCAAGAUGCUCUUCGUGCGCGAGCCCUUCGAGAGGCUGGUCUCCGCCUUCCGCGACAAGUUCGAGCACCCCAACAGCUACUAUCACCCCGUCUUCGGCAAGGCCAUCCUGGCCCGGUACCGGGCCAACGCCUCUCGGGAGGCCCUGCGGACGGGCUCCGGCGUGCGGUUCCCCGAGUUCGUGCAGUACCUGCUGGACGUGCACCGGCCGGUGGGCAUGGACAUCCACUGGGACCAUGUCAGCCGACUCUGCAGCCCCUGCCUCAUCGAUUAUGACUUUGUGGGCAAGUUUGAGAGCAUGGAGGACGAUGCCAACUUCUUCCUGAGCCUCAUCCACGCGCCGCGGAACCUGACCUUCCCCAGGUUCAAGGACCGGCACUCGGAGGAGGCGCGGACGACAGCCCGCAUCACCCACCAGUACUUCGCCCAGCUUUCUACCCUGCAGCGGCAGCGCACCUACGACUUCUACUACAUGGACUACCUGAUGUUCAACUACUCCAAGCCCUUUGCAGACCUGUACUGA